GAAAACCGACCGACCCUCGGUGAAGUUCGCCGAUGCAGCUGCACCAGCGACGUUUUCGGUGGUCGGGGACCUUGGAGAUGUGGAAAAUACGUGCUUGCCUCAUGUGGGCGGGCCGGUGUUGCUGAAACAGAAUGCAACUACGGAAGAACUGGAUACAGGUCAAAGUCGUGGUCUUCGUGCUCCUGCACCUCAUCUUGCAAUACAGCCAGCGGCGGAAAAAUUAGUCUCAGCGGCUCCUUCUUCAAGUUCGUCGCAUCCAGUUCCAGUUUCACGUUUCUCAGAAGGUGAAACAACAGCGACAGUAGUUUCUUCGAAUAGUUUUCCCGGCAGCAGCUUUUCCUCCUCGUCGUCGUCCAUUUCGAAGUUUGAAGAUUCACUUGGAAUAGUGAACACAUCAGAAACGGCUACUUCAUCUAGCACAGCCUCACGUCCACCUCCACUGAAAGGCAUCCUGAAAAAUAAUUCCUCGUCAUCAUCCUCAGCUUUGCCUUUGCAACCCAGCCCCUCCUCGAGCAAGAGCACUAGCAGCAGCAAGAGCUUGAAGUUUGAGCCGCCCCAGCGCGCAGAUAAGAAGAACAUGCCUGCUUCUCAGCUGAUGCAGCUCAAGGAGGCCGCCGCGAGGGGAAGCAGAGGCCAGAAAACACCUCAUCGAGGAGAAGGGCUCAGCAGAGGCUCACCACCAGCAUCAUCAUCUGCUCUGCUGCCCGGCAGUACGGGAAGUUUGAGUAUAGUAGUACAACAAACUACACGUCGACAUAUGGAGCAAGAUGCUGAAGAUGCCAAGAUGCGGUUGGAAGAGCAACGCGAACUAGAGCUUGCUAAGGAUUUCUGCAGCAGCAUUCUGCGGAAAACGCCGCAAGACUGGGGGCUGCAAUUGGAGGACGUGUUGUCCACUGCAUCUGCUACUUCGCGGCCUGAUGACGAUGAACAGAAUAAAGAUUGUGAUUCUCUUCUUGACAAUCUGGACGCACAACAAGCCGAAGCCCAACAUGCUCUAAUAAGGGAAUUUUGCAAGGCCGCUUUCGCACCAGAGCUCGGGAUGACGUCGAGGAGUACAGGGUCGUCGUUUUUAGAAGCUGCUGAGAACGGCAACGACAAGGCCCUUGUGAGUAAAAACAAUGGGCCGAGGACGGCGCAAAUUGAGCUUAUUGAGGACGUUGACGAGGAGGGUGAUCAGGAUGUUGUUCAUGAUUCGUCGUCGAAGAAGCCAGCUUCUUCUUCAAUUUCAUCAAGCAGAGCGGCCGCUGCCUCAGCAAGAUCUUCCUCCGGUAAUCUGCGAAAACCGUCGUCGACCGCACUGUGGAGUGCGAGAGAGGUUCUUGAGGAUCAUAACAAGGAACCAGGUACAGAAGUGCACACGACACAACUCUUGCGACCACCAUUUUCCCUGAGAACUUUGGAUGAUUGGAGAAUUUCCCGGUCUUGCACGCUCGACAACACGACCACCCUCAACAUCCCCGGAGUCAACUGCCCCCCGGUACACGCUGCGGGAGCGCGGCUUCUCCCCGGGCUGGGCCGGGCCUUUUUGCCGCGGCUCUGCAGGGAGUGCCGCUGGAAAGCCGGGCUGGCGAGGUUUGUGAAAACAAACAAGCUUUCCUUUACGUGUGAACCAUUUUUGAAGAAAAAACAGCUGUAUUCCGCUGCGUUUGCCGCCUUGCGCGAAAGCAAAGCCGCGAGGAACGGUGUUGAUUUGACUUGUCCGGAGGCUGCAGCAGCAGCAGGUGGUCACCAUGUUUCGCUGGCGCCACCUCCGCACCAGGUGGUGAAAAAGUUGCAGACCUGCGUCAGCUGUGGCAAGGUGGACUACGAACAGGGACUGAUUGCGAACUACUACAGUGCCGUACAACGACCGCCGGCUGAAGCUCCUGUAUCUGGAAUGCAAUCAGCCGUGCCUCCCAUAGUAGGAUCACCACCUGGAGGUGCAACUGCAAGACCAGGAAGAGGAUUAGAGCCGCAAGCGGCUUUUUCUGGCCGCCAGUUCAUCCAGCCGCAACAGCAGCUCCAGGCCCCACCAGUGCUUGUUCCGCAAUAUGCAGGACAACUUCCGCCCUCUGGAUUGAUGCCCUCUGGAGGUGCCUCAAUAAGUACUUCUACUUCGCUGAAAAGGCCCCGGGCCCGGACCACGGGGCAAAAAUUCGUCGGUUUCGUAUCAACAUCGUCUUCCUCAAGUGCGCGGCACAAUAAACCUCCGGUGGUCCUCGGGGUUCGCCAAAAGAACCAAGCCACGUUGACAUCAAAACGCAGCUGCAGCUCCGCCUCGUCUUCUGCUGUACAAGUUGUACCUGCGCGUCCGCCCGACGCAACUACGCACGUUCUCCAGGAGGAGCCCAACAAAUACUGGUACGACGCGAGCAACCGGCACAUCUACCAAGGUUUUCUCCGGCCCUCGUUCCUCAGUCGUAUGGCGCAACUCAACGGCACGGUGUUCAUCGAUUACAGUAGGAAAAUAAACGGCAAAAAGACGGUCGCUCGCCGAGGCCGGGGGUUCGGGCGGCGGCGGCAGCUGCCUUCGCGGAAGAAGCUGCCCAAAUUUCUGCAUAUUUACCACCGCCCGGAGUACCGGGGUAUUUGCCACGGCCGCUACUCCUUCGACCCGCACAGCUUUGUGGGGAUUUUGGGGGUGGAGGAUUUGCAGUUAUUGAAAACCUAUCCUGUGCAAAAGUAUCGUACUCGUAUUGCAAACAUGCAUUACAAAUCUUUUUCUUGAGGUAAAUCAGCAUUACAAAUUUUCUCUCUCAUGCUGUUGAGGAAAUACGUAAUGCAUUUAUACGAGUACGAUACAAUACUUUUGUAAUGCAUAAAACCUGUGUCGACCCCGCGCACAUUGUCACAACCUCCGAUCGGCCCGGGCAAAAGACUUUGGUCGACGACGACGCGGCGGCGAGUCGGGAAAAGCUGGCUGUGUUGCCCAAACCGUCAAAACAUGUAUCUCCGUUUCCGUAUGCAGAGAGAAUUCAUUAUGGAUUUACCGUAAAACACGAGCACGACGUAGAAGGAGAAACGGAGUCUUUUUCACACUGUCGCUGUCCCAGAGUCAAGCAUGACAAAAAUUUUGCUAUUCUCCUAGUAGGACAACAAUUUUUGUCUCCGGCUCUGAAGGUUGUAGUCAAAAUUUCUGAAGACGUAUUUUCAAUGAGUUGUGCUGCGGUAGAUGUAGAUUUGUGUUGCAUACGCCGAUGCACAAACUGAAAGACCAGUGCGAGCACAUGCGGUACUACACAGUUUUAAACGAGCCGGGAUGUCGUCUGCGCACACCGACGCUGUUCCAGGGCCGGGAUUGUGUCACGUUGCAAAAAGAGGCUAAGAGGAAGGCGGAGCUUUCUGGCACAACCAUCUCUGGUCUUCGACAGAAGCCUACCCCCGGAGGUCGACGUCCCCCGCCGCGCAUUGCAGUUAGUGCGGAUGGCGAAGCAACGGUGCUUCCGAUCAAAGACGAUGAAGAUGAGAUCACCUUCACAAGAACCGCGUCUAUGAAACCCCUAGAAACGGAGAGAACUCGACCCCUACCGCUUCCGCUUCAACAGCUCAACCACAGCCUGCAGCACCACGACUUGGAGCGCGCGAGGAUUGUGCAGCAGAAGGAGGAAAAAAUGAUGGACGAGGGGGGAGCUGCGCAGGCACAGACUCUUCAGCCAAUAAAUCUUCAACCAGAUCCACCACUAGACCGGUCUGCGGUCCAGCUGAAAAUGCAUCAACUCCUCGACCUGAACCCGGAGAUGACGUUUUUUCAAAUUUCCGAGCACUUUCGCUUGCACUUUCACGAGUAUACCGUGUCCUCGGCGGGUUCCUCGCGUUUAUCUGCAUCGUCGUCCCGUGCAUCAACUGCAGCAUCGAGAACUUCUUCCAGAGAUGAACAUCUUCAGGCUGCGAGCAGAUCGGGAAGCUGCAGCAGUAGAGAGAAAAUGGAACAAAAAGAAAAACCGCUUAAGAACCUUCCCCUCGCCGCCCUCCAGGUGCUGCAGGAGUGUUUCAACCGGACCUGUGUGCGGUGCGCGAACCAGUUUACCAUGCCGAAGAGGUACAUCAAAAAGCUGAAGAAGCGGUACUUUCGCCUGGAUGAGAAGCUGAACAAGGUCGGGAUACAGGCUGUGACCGAGGCGGAAAAGGACUACAAUGCGGCAAUCAAGAUUCUAUUUCCGAACUUCACCAGCAACCAAAAGGCCAGCGUGUUGAAGUCCAAGAUGCUGAAAGAGCAGGCACUGCUCGCAAAGGGGAAAGGUAAGAAGGGCGGGCAGAACAAGGCGGGAAAAGAAGAAGAUUCGCCUGCUGCUGGCGGCGCAACAGCAGCUAGUACCGCGAAACCGAAAGUAUCGAAGGUAGGAGCAGCAGCUCCACUCGGAGGCGGUCAGAAGAAACCCAAAGCGCUGGCUGGUAAGGCCGCAGGUGGAGUAACCAACCCUAAGAAGAAAAAGAAGAAAAGAACGCUCAGCUGGAUUGUCAGCGGAAGCGAGGACGAUAGCGACAGUGGUGAUGAGGAGUGGAAACCGCCCGGGAGAAGAAAAAAACGAUAAAGUCUUCUUCGAGACGCGUCGCUUUGGAAUCAAGCCGCACCUGAGGCUGGCGUUUCUUUUCUUCAGCAGGUUUGAUGUUCUGGAUUAAAAUACAAGAGGAUCAUGCUCAACACAGCUCUUCGUCCUCCCUCCACCUACAUACAGGAGAGGAUGCGCUGUUAAAGAUUUGUGUGUCCUUGCACUCGUCUGGUUGCCGCGUUUUUUUUUCAUCUUCUUGAAGUUGAUCGUUCUUCGCGACCUGUGGCUGAGUGGUUGAUUUGUAAGUAGAGCCAUGUAAGUACUACACUUCUGAGAGUUCUUGUAUGUUCUUUUUUCCGAUCGUGUAUGGAUAUUUUCAUGUGAAGCGAGCUCUCUUCUACAACAUUAUAGAUGGGAUUUUACUGGUGUAAACCGUGUGACAAGAAUGUUCAAGCUGCACUUGAAACUGCAAGGUUUAAACAUAGUGGACGAACCACUAAUUUAAAGAAAGCAAAAAUCCUAAUUAUUGUUGCAGAGUCCCACUUCUAUCGUGGUCCAGCACCAGUCUAAAACAGCAACUCAACACGUGGUCUCGCCCUGUGUCUCGUCUCUACUGUCGUGUCUUCUG